AUGCCUCAGACCGAUAAGCAAAUAUGCAUCCCGCCGGAGCUGCCGGAAUUGCUGAAGCAGUUCACCAAAGCUGCCAUCCGGACCCAGCCGCAGGAUCUCAUCCAAUGGGCUGCCGAUUAUUUUGGAGCCAUGUCCCGUGGAGAGAAUCCCCCUGUGAGAGAGCGAUCUGAGCGAGUGGCUCUGUCUAACUGGGCAGAGCUAACACCUGAGCUGUUAAAGAUCCUGCAUUCUCGGGUUGCCGGUAGGCUGAUCAUCCAUGCAGAUGAGCUGGCCCAGAUGUGGAAGGUGCUCAGCCUCCCAACAGAUCUGUUUAAUAGUGUGAUGAACGUGGGUCGCUUCACGGAGGAGAUCGAGUGGCUAAAGUUCUUAGCCCUUGCUUGCAGUUCUCUUGGAGUUACCAUUGCCAAAACUCUCAAGAUCGUGUGUGAAGUUUUAUCAUCUGACCAUGAUAGCGGACCUCCCAGAAUCCCCUUUAGCACCUUCCAGUUUCUCUACACGUAUAUUGCUGAAGUGGACGGGGAGAUCUCGGCAUCGCAUGUCAGCCGAAUGCUAAACUACAUUGAACAGGAAGUAAUUGGUCCUGAUGGUUUAAUCAAGGUGAAUGACUUUACCCAAAACCCCAGAGUUCGGCUGGAGUAAAAGCACAAUUCUGGCAAUUUUAAAAGAAGAUACAGAGAUAAUUGUGCUUCAGAAUGACUGAACCCCAUCCACCAUCCAAUGUCAAUUUUCUUGUACAACGGGGACAUGCUAAUAAACAAUUACACAAACAUACUAAAUCAGAAAUGUGUGGAAUUAAGAUGCCCAAGUGUUGGGGAAAAACACCUGCAUUAAGAGAUUAGUAUUCUUUCCACACUGGCUCCGGGUGAAAGUGGCUAACAAAGCGUGGAGAGAAAAUGCAUCUUGAGGCAAAGCCAGACUGUUGGAUUUCAAAGUUAGAAUGUUAACUGGACACAACGUUGAUGUUUUGUAACUAUUAAGCUUAAGUUAGAUAAGGUCCAUCCAAGUUUUUACUGGUUUAUUUCUCCAUUUGUUGGU